CCAUGUGCUCCUCCCCGCCGCCGCCCUCCGCCGCCACUGACGACGACCGCUACCAAGACCCGAUGUGGGAGAGGCGGACGCACGCGAGGAUCCUCGUCCGCGACGCCGACGCCGGCCGCAUCAUCGGCAGCGCCGGUUCCUCCAUCGCCGCCAUGGAGAAGGAGGCCGGCUCCGGCGCCCGCAUCACGCUCUCCGCCAGGGACCAGCUCCUGGCAGGCACCGACCGCCGCGUCGUCUUCCUCUCCGGCCCCUUCCGCGCCGUCAUGGACGCCGCCGACCUCCUACUCCACAAGAUCCCCCGCUACCAGGGCGAGCAUGCCGACAACACGGUGGUGCUGGUGGUGCCCUACGCCUGCUGCGGCGCGCUCAUCGGCAAAGGAGGCACCCUCAUCAAGUCGUUAGCUGAAGCAUCAAAUGCUGGGAUCACGGUCUCGCACCACCGAGUCUGCUACGGUUUCAAUGACAGACUGGUUAACAUCACUGGGCACUUGGAAGAUCAGCUGCAGGCCAUAUUCCUCAUACUGUCCGAGCUGCUUGACGAUGUCCACUACUUGUCCUCCUACCAAAGAGUUGGUUUUCCACGUUAUCAUGUUUCAAGCGUUGAGCGUGAUGGCGAUGGGCAAGACGAGUAUGUCCAAAGAUACCACAGCAGGCCUGACACGCCCGUGGGGUCACCUGACAUCGACGACGGCAGACACGUAGAAGGGACUCUGACCAUCGCUGUCGCGAAUGAGUACGUGGGUGCCGUCGUUGGCCGUGGUGGGAGGGUCAUCAAGGAGAUCGAGCAGGCUACGGGCGUGUGGAUCACGGUGUUCAAGGGGAAGCUCUUACCUGGGAUGAGAGAAAGGUGGGUGGGUAUGAAGUAUGAACAACAUACAGCAGGUUUCGGUCAGUGCUAGCUGCGCCUG